AUAUAUUGUUCUUCUUUUUUUCACCCCUUUGUCCUAAACUUAAGUAGAAGUAUCCUUCGCCAUCUGGAUGCCAGACACGACUCAGUACUGGAGUCUGGAGGGCUGUUUUUCUCCUCAGUCAUCCGGGAAUAACAAGGGCGAAAAGCGAAGAAAAGAAGCUGCGUGUUGUUUUCUUUAUGCUACUACGAGAAGUCAUGUCGCGCUAUUUUCCCACGAUUAUAUGUCGUUUGGCGAUAAUAUCUGCGCUCCUGCUGACCAGAGAAACGAACACUCUCCAGGUGAUUGGUGGAAGUGUGACAGUGGUUCAAGGAGGCACUGCUAUCUUACCGUGCCAAAUCAUCCACACUGAUGAUGAUUUGACGCAGAUUACCUGGCAGAGGACAACCAGAGAAAAACCUCAUAAUGACAAUUUUAUCACUGUCCAACCAAGGGAAGGACCACGGUUUGUCAAUGGACAUGAUGAUCGAUUUAAAUAUAUCGGGAAUUUUAACAACAAAAAUGGAACCCUCCAGUUAUCCAGUGUUGCACUGAAGGAUGAAGGCAGCUACACGUGCAUCUUCACAUUGUUUCCCAGUGGAAAUCAGAAGACUGAGAUACCUCUUAUAGUGAUUGUGCCUCCUUUCACAAGCGUCAAGGACAACCUUCCGACUUUGGGCACAGAAGAGGUUUUAUUUGCUACCUGCACGGCUGCUGGAUCGAAGCCUCCUGCUGAGGUGAGGUGGCUCACUGGUGCUUUGGGAGACAAAGUGAGGACGACAACAAACUCCAUCAAGUAUGAUAACGGUACGACUACCACAGUCAGCUCUCUGUUUGGCGUACCUAUGAGAGAGAUUAAUGGUCACCAGGUCCAGUGUGUCAUUAGCGGUGACUCCCUGACUAAAGAAGAAACCCUGCCCUUCACCAUACAGAUCUACUUCUCUCCCACAGAAGUGAACAUUACAGAGAUUUCAGAGGGCUCAUUUGAGUGUUUGACAGAAGCCAACCCAAGUGCAAACUUUAUCUGGAGCAGAUCUGGCCAGUCUUUGCUGCAGUCUGCUGUAAGAGUGGAGGGUGCAAAACUACAACUGCUGAGUCUAAACUCCGAUCUAAAUGGCCUCUAUCAGUGUGAAGCAUCUAACACAUAUGGAAGUAAACACGGUCGGCUCUAUGUGCAUGUGGCAUCAGGAGCAUGCUCUGCAGCUUGGGCCUUAUUUCUUGUUUUGCUUUUCCUGAAUGUCGUUGGGAUGGCAGCAUGGUGCUUUUAUAAAACUGGACGUUUUCAAAGGUUUUGUUGGCAGAAUUUCUCAGCAAAUGAAGCAGCAGAUGGGAGAGCAGAGCAAGAACAGCAAGGAGAAGUCAGUAACAGCAAAUUUGUUUCAGUGUGUUUACAACAAUGUUGUUUCUCGUCUUGUCCGUUGGAACUUGUAGUUAAUCAUUCUGAAUUAUUUUUAACACCACAAUAAAUCAGCCAACAAUUAAGCUGAUGUUGAAACAUUGUAACUUGUAUCAAGUUGAAUAGAUGUUUGCAACAUUAUUAGAAGCUGAAUACUUCCUAUAUAUUCUGAAUUAUCUGCCUCAGCAUCCUCUGACAGCUGUGGGCGCAUGUAAUGGACCACAUCUGGACUGAAGGCUCCACCAGCGUGUUCUAGGGUCAGCUGGUAGAUGAACAGAUGAACAGGUCGAGGUACUCGGUGCUUUUAUAUUCCUGAAUCAAUUUUUUUUUUAAUUCAUAGAUGUGAAUGUUUCUGUCUUGCUGUCACUAUACCUUAUAUUUGCAGUAAUUACAGUAUUUUAAAAGCAAAACAUUGUUAAUUGACUCCCACUCUGCGACAAGCAUUUUGGAUGUGGCUUUAACUGCCUGUUCCUUUGUUUUCAUGUGUAACAACUUUAAUGGCACUUGCGGUCUGUGCUUGUGUUUCUACCAAGAGUGUGAACUGCUUUCAUCAGAAGCUGUAUUAAUGUAGUUACUGUAAAUUCAUUUGUUUAUUUUUCCCCCACCUGAAUAUUAGUAUGUCCCUUCAUUAAGGGUAACAAUAUUAAUGUUACAUUUUAAGUUUACAAUCUAAUGCAAGGACACAAGUUCUGACAUAUCAACCAUUCAUAUGUAACAACAGAUGUAUUACCAGUAAACCACAGAAGCUCAUGCAGACAGUUUAAUACAGCACUCAGAAAGCACAAACAUUCACACCAGACUCAGAAAAGAGGUUGGUUGGGAGCACCUCUGCCCAUAACUUGCAGCCACUGAGCUGCAAUUUAAACUAUGGAGCCUCCUUCCUGGUUUCUUUUCUUUUCUUUUUCUUUUUUUUUUGUCACAUUGAAAUGUUUCAGAUCAUGAAACAAAUUUAAACACUGGACAAAGAUGACACAAAUAAACACAAAAAGCAGUUGCUAAAAUAAAGUGUUAGUUAUUAAGCUAAGCUACUAACCUAAACCUAAUAACUGUUUGGGCCACCCUUAGCAGGAACAUCUGUAAUCAAGUCUUUGUGUUUCCUUGUGUUAUUUUUUGUCUAAUAUUAAAACUUGUUUGAUGAUCUUAAAUAUUUAAUUGUGACAAACAUACAAAAAAUAAAAAAUUAGAAAGCAGGCAAACACUUUUUCAUACAACUGUAGAUUUAGCACUGUCUGUGAAGCUUGAUUUAAGAAAUACGUGCUGGAAGUUUAAGAAUAUGUAUAGCGACAUCAUGUCCUAGUACAGAUCAUUAUGUCACCGGGUUCUGUCACUAGUUAGCUAACAUAAGCUAACCUAAGUCUAUUUGUCGCAACCAACCAACCAACCAACUCAUUGAUGUAAUAUUCUGUACUGUCACAAGUUGGCGCUAAUCAAAAACUUUAACUGUAAGCACUUAUUUCUUCAAUCCAGACUGACAGACAGUGUUAAAUCUAUGUCAGUUUUUGAGAGCAGGGCUCCAUGAUGUAAAUUAGACUCUAUGCAUGUAGUGUUUCAUGUGCACUUUAAAACAGUGGUUCAAAAACUGUUGGGCAUACCCUGCUGGAAGUCAUUGCUGUAAAACCAUGGAUCAGCAGGGUGGGUGAGGGGGUUUGGGACUGAGGUGAAAUGAAGGUAAACUGAUAUGUUUUUGUAUGUUUGUUUGUUGGUUGAUUAAAUGUAAAUGUCAACAAAACAACAGAAGUCUGAUUAUGUGUAAACGCUGACCUUUAACAUUAUAUCAUCUUGCACAUUGCUGGUUGUUAAUGACUGAUGACAGAAACUGCACAAGGAUUAAACUUUAAGAGUUAGGGCAUGGCAGAAGAUGUUCGAGAACCACUUUGCUAAAGCAUUAUACAGUUGGGCUCGUGUGUGUAAAGCUUUCUAUCACAAUUAAUUUUAAUCAUAUAUCUCACACUGGAGUUUCAAAUGUGGCAGCUUUUUGUAAAACAUUAAAUCAUUAAAGCAUGGUGUUUGCUCUGCAUAUUAAAUGGAUCAUUCUACAUGUACAUUACUUUUAAAUAUGUUCUUUAAUGAAAAUUUUAAAAUGGAAGUUUGUUUUUGAAUUGUUUUUAUUAUUUUGUGUAACAUUACUGAUUUUUAUGUAAUCUAUUUCACUGUUGUCUGCAACAUGUAAAAAAAAAGCAAACUAAAUGUGUGCCCUAGUUUUAUUCUUCUUAAGUAAUGUACCAGCAUUAUUACCUUUGUAUAUGUGUUUUAAUCUAUUUAGUGCUUCUACACUCUGAUUUAUAUUUGUUGUACAUUUUGGGGGGCACCUCUCACAUAAAUGUGUUUUGA